UUUUUCAAAAUGGGAAACAGAAUAAGCAAACUUUUGAAAAGGCUAUUCGAUUAUCCUAUUAAAAGAAAACCGAUUUGUUUUUUUAGAAGUGAAGAUUUUACAACGACAGGCGAACCGAUUUCAAAAGAUGUUGAACAAGAAAGAAGUCAAUUAACCGAAUAUGACAAAUUGGUCCAGUCGUUCUAUACAAGGUUAGAUCAAGAAAGACAAUCCGACCUGAAAACUGUCGAGAAAGACGUCAGAACAAGUUUUGAGAAAAUUGCGGAACAGUACCCUGGGUGGGAUGACGUGACUGUUUCUAAUUUGCACAAUCUUUUUCUACUUUUUGACAACAACAUGAACGGGAUGUUGGACUAUGAGGAUUUUGCUUCCAUUUUGGAAUGCCUUGGCGAUACCCAUACGUAUGAAGAAAGGAAAGAAAAAUUUACAUCAGCAGAUACUGAUUUGAACGGUUGGAUUACCUACGAUGAAUAUUUAUCGGUUAUUUUUAACUUUGAUCCACCAGAUCAAUAUGGACUUACUGGUUUAGCAAAGUUAGCUGUUUUGAAAGCAGAAAAUGUUCACUUUGUUACCCAGUUAUCUGUCGGUGAACAAUUAGAAUAUGGCUUAUUUUGAGAAAAGUCAAGUAGCUUUUGGUAUUUACGUAUUUUAUAACCAAGUGUAAGAAGGAAAUCGACGACUAAAUAAAUUUAGAAUUAUAGAUAUCCAUACUUUUCUUUUAAAAUGUUUGGUGGAACAGUGUAGAAGACAGUGGAUGGUAUUACAGUCAAAUAACCAAUUGAUUUCCAAUCAUAUCUCACAUUAAACAAAACUAAUCAAUUAAGACAAUGCCCUCUUUGACUUGUAAUUGAUAAUUAAACAUAAAUAUCUAAUUGAGUGCCAAAGAAUAAAACUGGAGAUUGGAGGCUGAAGUCAGUUUAUCAGAACUCUUGUCUAAUGACUUGAAAAAAUUGGACAUUUGGACCGAACAAGUGAAUCCACCGAUACAACAAAGGAACUGAAAGUCAGCCACUCAACUAUAAGCCAUCAAAUCAAUAAAACACCUGAUAAAAAAGUUGUAAAAUCAAUCAAGUUCAUAUUUUAUUAUAUGUUUUGAAAAAGCAAUACAAUA